CCUCUAAGUAAUAAUUGCCUAACGCAGUGGAUAUCUUACCUUAGAAUAAGGUAAGAAUACCCCUUAGCGUGCACGUGAUAUACUCUAACAACAGGAAUACCUUACAGGUAGGUAGUAAUCUCUGUUGAAGGCAUUAAUUAUGAAGCUCAGCCGCGAUAUGAUUGGCAGAAAUCAGAUGUUCACCGCAAGUGGAAGUCUAAGAAAGAACAUGAGAACCUCGAAAACAUAGAUGUUUUAUUUGAAAUUGCAUUUCAGGACAAAAUCUCAACCUUUUUUAGGUAUGAAAACAGGAAAUCAAAGCGACAAUUGAAGACUUUCAAAUGCACUACUUUUUAUCAUAAUAGCCAUUGUAGCUAUAGAGCUCUUGAUUGUUGAAGUUGUUCGCAAAUCGCGACGUGUUUUGCGGUAUGUUUGUUCUGGGGCACAGUAUCGAAACUUUUCACACACGUGCACGCCUCUCCUCCCCUUCUCCCCUCUUCCUAUAAAUUGUGCAACUUUAUCACGGCAAACAACCAACUGGCUUAGAUACCUCAUAUCAUAUCAGGAUGACGUCUCCGCUUGGACUACUACCUCUGAUAAUACUGGAGCGCAUCUCUGAAUACCUCGAUGACCAGCCAGCCCCACGACAGAGUCUGCGAGCAUUCUGCUUGACGAGUAAAAGCUGCUUUGUAGCGAGGGAAACGCGGCGGUAUUCUCAGAUCGAACUCAAGAUCUGAGAUCCACACUACCUGCAGAGCGUCCUGACGCGAUGGCACGAUAUUCUUGCCGGCGGGCGACACAGUCACGUUCGCCGUCUCAAAAUUUCGUAAUUCGAGACAGCGGAAGAUACGAGUAAAGAUAGGCUAAUAAGGACAGGGAUGCGCCGAGAAAAGGAAGAUCUGUAUGAAGAGACAGGCGAUGAGUGGAACGAUGGCCAAUACUUUCAGGUACAUGAUUUUUGCCGACCCUCUCAUGAAGAGAUGCGUGACAACAAAUGGCGUGUUCAGAAAUCUCCAUCCGAAUUCUGGGAUGCCCUGUCCCAUUUCAUCGGUGAACUUCCCGGUCUCCAAGAUCUGGUUUGGGCAGCGGGUUCGUAUGUGCCGCCAGGUGUAUUAUCUAUCACUGCGGAGAGGGGAAUCAGGCUUCAUGUCUACGAUUUCUACCUUCCCAGCCUGGUUCAAGCGCCUGAGGCGCCAGAGCCCAUUUCUACGCAGGACUAUACAUUCUGCACGCUCUCUUCACUAUAUAGCAUCACCGUCCGCGGGAGCUCGUUCACACGAGACGGUAAAGUGAGUUAUAUCCAAGAAGCCGUUGUCCAGAUGGUAGCUGGAGGGGCUCCAAAUCUCAAACACGUAUGCAUGGUUCCAGUAGGGUGGUCUGGGGAGGUGGACUCGCAUCUCGAGGACACUGUCUGGAGACCAAAAUGGAAAGGCUUCUUUCCCGGACAGGUAGAUUCAUCGCAAAAACUAAAAGGCGUCACAGCUCGCUCGUCCUUGUCCUCGCGCGGAAAGCUGCAGACUUUAGUUUUCCCAAUGUAUGUGCCAGGCGGUAUUGAGCACUGGGCUCACCACACAGACUUUUCCCGCUUGAGCUCCCUCUUUAUGUCGUGGGAGCGCGGUAAUGGGAUUACCUUGGCUACGAUGGCUUCACAGGGCAAUCUGAAGUGUUUGAAAAAGUUAAGCUUAUCCUGUAUCGACGACGACGAAACCGAAUUAUCACAACAUGAAGAUAUCAAUCUUCUAUUAUCGAGUUUGAAUCCUCUCGAACGGUUAGAUGCAAGUGGAUUCAUCGGUCCCACGACUAUCGACAUUAUCACACGCCAAUAUGGUCCCGGUCUCCGCGCGCUCAAGAUAUCCUUAGCUAUACCGUACGGCCUCGAAAGGCGGGAAAGUCUUCUCGCCACGUUUUCCGCUCCAGUCUUAGAAAGACUAGCAGCAAACAGCCCGCACCUCACGCAUCUCGAUAUCUCGAUCAAUCGCACGCGUGGAGACAAGCAUGAAGUAGCUAUAUACCAGGCUUUGAGUAGGUUUCCACGUCUCGAACAUGUAGCCCUGAGACUCGAUUUCCGCAUCGGGCCAGACGACGAGUUUUGGGACGAAGAAAGCAGUGGCCCCCAUCCGCUGCAAUUCGCUGGUGAAACACGUGACUCGGGUAAGAUCCCGUCGGUGUAUUUGCAAGAAGCGUUCAGCAAUAGCGCUAUAGACGAGAAGCUGGCGAGAUCGAUUUUCGAAGUGAUAGCUGGUGGUAGAAAUACCCUUAGGUAUCUUCGUCUUCAGCCUGUCAGGAAAAUGGCACCGGGUUAUCCAGGGGACGACUCUAUCUUCACGAGCGUCUUAAUAUGGUUCAACCGCUCGUUUGUGUGCAAAAGAGACAGUCAAGGGCCAAGUGGGGUUACAGUUCAUGAGGUUGACAUGGCAGGAUGGAGCACUGUAGCUCAUGGUGAAGAAAAAUGGAGCAAUAUGGCGAGUGCGACGACCGAUGAGGACUUUUGGUACGGAGAGGAGGCUUAUGUGGCUGCGUUCAAGGCUCUUUGGCCGCCGAAGACGAAGGACUGGUGGAGAGAUUGGGAGAGUCUUCCCUUAGAUCUCGGGGAAUGAAUGUAGCUGCGAUGGUGUGUUCUGUAGCGCUACUCCUCGGAGUGUCCUCAAAGUUACUUCGAAGAGCAACUUUCUCGAGUCUAAGUUUUUGAGAUGGGGAACAGUGCCGUGGUGUUCUUUGGAGCUUACUUUGGAGAUUUUCCGGUUUAACUUAAAAUGAUACAAAAUGUCCUGGGUGUUGACAUCGUGAAAAGACUAGUAUUCCAUUGACUACGUGUCUACAUUUCUUAGUAUAUGUUCCCGGACAGCACGUUCAAUAACCCCAACCAGGUUACUCAC